GUCCGCCGCCGGGCGCCUUCCUCCCGCGCGCGGAACCUGCGCGGGCCCCGCGACGGGAGCCCACGCGGGACAUGGCGACACCGGUGGCGCCGACGGGCGGCUCCCGAAACGGAGCCGGCCCGGAAUGGGGAGGGUUCGAGGAAAACAUCCAGGGCGGGGGCUCCGCCGUGAUCGACAUGGAGAACAUGGACGACACCUCCGGCUCCAGCUUCGAAGACAUGGGGGAGCUCCACCAGCGCCUGCGGGAGGAAGAAGUGGACGCCGACGCGGCCGCGGCCGAAGAGGAGGACGGAGAGUUCCUGGGCAUGAAGGGCUUCAAGGGGCAGCUGAGCCGGCAGGUGGCCGACCAGAUGUGGCAGGCGGGAAAGAGACAAGCGUCGCGGGCUUUCAGCCUCUACGCCAACAUCGACAUCCUGCGGCCCUACUUUGACGUGGAGCCAGCCCAGGUGCGAAGCAGACUUCUGGAGUCCAUGAUCCCGGUCAAGAUGGUCAACUUCCCCCAGAAAAUCGCAGGUGAGCUCUACGGCCCUCUCAUGCUGGUCUUCACGCUGGUCGCCAUCCUCCUCCACGGAAUGAAGACGUCUGACACGAUUAUCCGGGAAGGGACCCUGAUGGGCACAGCCAUUGGCACCUGCUUCGGCUACUGGCUGGGUGUGUCAUCCUUCAUUUACUUCCUCGCCUACCUGUGCAAUGCCCAGAUCACCAUGCUCCAGAUGCUGGCCCUGCUGGGCUAUGGCCUCUUCGGACACUGCAUCGUCCUGUUCAUCACCUACAAUAUCCACCUCCACGCCCUCUUCUACCUCUUCUGGCUGUUGGUGGGCGGACUGUCCACCCUGCGCAUGGUGGCCGUGCUGGUGUCCCGGACCGUGGGCCCCACACAGCGGCUGCUGCUCUGUGGCACCUUGGCCGCCCUGCACAUGCUCUUCCUGCUCUACCUGCAUUUCGCCUACCACAAGGUGGUGGAGGGGAUCCUGGACACGCUGGAGGGCCCCAACAUCCAGCCCAUGCAGAGGAUCCCCAGAGACAUCCCUGCAGCACCCCCUGCCGCCAGGCUCCCCGCAGUUGUGCUCAACGCCACAGCCAGGGCGGUCGCCGCGACCCUCCUGGCACACUGACCCCCUCCCGCCACCUUCGAGCACAUUAAAGGGCCAUCCCGAUGCCAUGCAUCUCGGUGGUGGGGUCUGUGGCCGCCACUCUGGCACACGCUUCAGCCUCUGCGAUACCGGUGCCAAUGCCGAAGGCCGGGCCCAGGAGCGCCUGGGCUGGGCAGGACUGCGGGGCUCUGCAGCCGAUGCCCAAAGUGGGUCGGCUCCUCGGGGGCGCCCGACCCCACCCCCUCCUCUCUAGCUCACCACUCCUGUCUGUCUAAAUAUAGACUUGGUAAUUAAAAUACUGAUUGCAGCCUGGA